GGAAGGGGCGGAGCUGAGGCGGUGGCGGCUGAGAAGGCAGCGGCGGCGGCGACGGCGGCGGCUGUGGAGGCCGCAGUCCCGGUCCCGGCUUCGGCCCCAAUCCCACUAUGGUGACGCUCGCGGAGCUGCUGGUGCUCCUGGCCGCCCUCGUGGCCACGGCCUCUGGCUACUUCGUCAGCAUCGACGCGCACGCCGAGGAGUGCUUCUUCGAGCGGGUCACCUCGGGCACCAAGAUGGGCCUCAUCUUCGAGGUGGCCGAGGGCGGCUUCCUGGACAUCGACGUGGAGAUCACAGGACCCGACAACAAAGGGAUCUACAAGGGAGACCGGGAGUCCAGCGGGAAGUACACGUUCGCCGCUCACAUGGAUGGAACAUACAAGUUCUGCUUCAGCAACAGGAUGUCCACCAUGACCCCGAAGAUCGUGAUGUUCACCAUCGACAUCGGGGAGGCCCCCAAAGGGCAGGACAUGGAGACAGAAGCUCACCAGAACAAGCUAGAAGAAAUGAUUAACGAGCUGGCAGUGGCGAUGACAGCCGUGAAGCACGAACAGGAGUACAUGGAAGUGCGGGAGAGAAUACACAGAGCAAUAAACGACAACACAAAUAGCAGAGUGGUCCUUUGGUCCUUCUUUGAAGCCCUUGUGCUAGUGGCCAUGACAUUGGGACAGAUCUACUACCUGAAGAGGUUCUUCGAGGUCCGGAGGGUCGUUUAACAAGCUCUUCCUCAAGAUCCGGAACCCACAGCUCACUGUUCAUCAACCUCUUAGUCAUAAAAACGGCAUCAGUUUGUAUGUGUUGAUUUCUGAAUUGUACAUUCACAGCUUAUGUUUCUUUGUAAAGAACAGAUGUUGGGGAAAAACACCUUUUUUAGGAAAGUGAUAGUGAAAAUUUGACACUUGAUUGGGACAGUUUCUUAUUGACUUUUCCUCCUUCAUACAGGUCCUCCCAGGGCUCGAACACUGUACAUGAAACGUAGGCCUGUAGUCCUUAUUAUACCUUCGUUUUCCUAACGAGUGCAGUUUGUUCAUGAUAGUGCUUUACUAAAACGGCCGCAUUCUUUUGGCCCCUCACCCUGCGAUCCUGGCCUUCGGAGAUGCGUUCUGUGUGGUCCUCGCGAGGAACGCCAGUCUGAGCCUCCCGCUCUCUGCCCGCCCGGGGGCAGAGCUCUGUGGCUUCGGCGCACGCUGCCAGGCUGGCGCAUUUACCCUCUGUCUUGUUUUUGCUUAAAAGAUGAGGCAACCCAACAUUCUCCCCCUUAAAUUUUCACUUCGAACCAUAGGACUUCACCUUUACUAAAUUGAUGACAGAGCAGCUAAUAACCAUUUUUUUAUUUCUGCCUAACCUUGUAAGACAUUUUUAUUCAAGCCAGCCCUCGGGGUGCUUCAGCCAGCGGGGCUCGCUUGCUCUCUGUGCCGGCCCCCACCCGCUCCACUCCGGGCACGUGGGAGGUGUGCAGCCGCGCCAGUGGGAAGUCUGGGCUCCCGGUGGCGAAGGGGUAAAUGCAGCCUCUUGGGCUUCAUUGCGGUGAGUGAUUUGCAGCCACUAUUUUAUUUUUGAUCGGUGGCAUCUGGCCGCUCAUUCAUUAGGGUGCUGGCAGCAUGGUCAGUACUAGGGUUUUUGGUUGUUUUUCUUCGGUCUCCUUUUGGCACAUGUGAAUUUUGUUUUGUAUAAAACGAAAUGACUUUCUCUUGGUCUCGGAUGAUGGAUUUAAAAUUGAAGGAGCAUCUGGUUUUGGUGUGGGGAUGGUCCAGGAUUAUGUUGUGACUGAUGUAUAUUAGUUACUUUUUUUUUGGAUCUUUGCAAAAGUAAAACUACAAGUAACAAGUUUU